AUGUUCGUGCCAUAUGCCGACCCUCGGUUUCCCUAUCCACGAAAAGCGACCUUCGAUCUAGGUAACGACGGUGCUGGCAUCAACGCUAAUAACCUUAAGCUGGGCUGUGAUUGCCUAGGCCACAUAAAGUAUUUCGACGGAUGGCUGAGCACGUCUUCCGGUGAGCCGCUGAAAAAGCCCAACGCCAUCUGCUGCCACGAGAUUGACGACGGUAUCUUGUGGAAGCAUAACAAUUUCAGAACUGGCAACGCUGUUAUCACCAGGUCGAGAGUUCUCGUACUUCAGACAAUUAUUACCGUCAACAACUAUGAUUACAUCUUUCUAUUCUACUUCCAACAAGACGGCUCCAUGUUCUAUGAAGUUCGCGCCACGGGGAUCAUGUCGACAGCACCGAUCGAUCUUGACACCAAGGUUCCGUGGGGUACCAUUGUGGCUCCUGGUGUUUUGGCACCUUAUCAUCAGCACCUCUUCUGCUUGAGAAUAGACCCUGCUAUUGAUGGACAUCGAAAUUCUUUGAUGGUGGAAGAGACGCACCCAAUCCCGUUCACUGGAGACUCGGGCAUACAUAAUCCUUUCGGCGUGGGAUUCAUCACGAAGUCGGAAAUCAUUGACAAAGAAGCUGGUCUUAACCUAGACUUCAACACCAACCGAACGUUCAAGAUUAUCAACGAAAACGUAACUAACUCGACGACGGGUACACCAGUAGGCUUUAAGCUCCUACCACAUUACAGUCAGCUUCUCCUAGCUCAACCCAGUUCCUGGCAUAGUAAGCGAGCAGAGUACACCGCACAUGCGGUUUGGGUGACUCGUCACCAGAACGAAGAGCUUUUCCCAGCUGGAAGGUUCACCAUGCAGUCGACCGGUGGGGAGGGUAUCGCAUCCUGGAUCAAGCAGCGCGCAAGUGAUGGGCUGGCUAUCGUGCGCAAUGAAGACAUCGUGGUUUGGCAUACCUUUGGCUCAACUCACAACCCACGCAUUGAGGACUGGCCGGUCAUGCCGUGCGAGAAGAUGGUCGUUGGGCUGAAGCCAGUUAACUUCUUCCAGGGCAACCCUGCUUUGGAUGUACCAAUUUCGUCACAGGAUAAGAAUCAGAGCGUGCUAGUGUCUGAUGAGCCGUAG